AUGAAUGCAUCAAGCUCACUGCCAAAUGAGGGAAUGGAGCAAGAAGACUUUGCUGGAAGAACAGUGGUAGCCUGUGUGAUUCUGGGUCUAUCCUUCCUGGUAGGAGCUCCAGGGAACCUGCUGGUGAUCUGGACAAUCCUGCAGCACGUCAAGCAUCGCUCACACACUGUGGUGCUCAUCCUCCACCUUGCUGCUGCUGACCUGCUGGUCCUCAUCACUCUGCCCCUAUGGAUCUACUCCUUCGCCUACUCCUGGGUCUUUGGUGAGGUUGCGUGCAAAGCCAUGGUCUACAUCAUCAACUCCUGUAUGUACAGUAGCGUGUUCCUCAUCACCGUCAUGAGCGUGGAGAGAUUUGUGGCUGUCCGGUACCCCUUUGCAUCCAUCAGCUGGAAGAAGAGAAGGCUGAUGAACAAGGUGCUGCUUGUCCUCUGGACUGUAGCUUUCCUCUUCAGUGUUCCUGUUAUCCCUACACAGGUGUUAGACAAAGAGGAUGGAAAAGAGCAGUGUCUAGUCAGAAUGUAUUCCUCAGUCAGUCAGGAGGUGGUCUGCCUGCUGCUUGAGAUCCUGGUGGGCUUUGUUGUCCCUUUCUCCAUCCUUAUGGUGUGCUACUGCUGCCUGUGGAGACGCAUUACGCAGAUGACCUUCAAGUCCAAACAGAAAUCAUCAGUCUUAAUUGCCAGCGUGGUCAUUGCUUUUACAGUCUGCUGGGUCCCCCACCAGGUGGAAAAUGUGCUGUCCCUGGUGACCAUAAGCAUGGAAGAAUCUUAUCCACAAAUUGCCAAAGAUUUGGAUGCCAUUAGAAACAACAUGACCUUUAUUGCGGGGGCCUUUGUCUUCAUUGGCAGCACCAUCAACCCCCUGCUUUAUGCCUUCGCUGCUCGCAACUUCCAAAGCUCACUCCAGGAUAUUGGGAUAAAGAAGCUCUUUCACCAAAUCUCCAACUCAGGCACAGGUGAUGGAACCAAAGAACUCUCUUUUGUAUCAAGAAAACAAAGUUCUCAAAAUAAGUCUCUCAAGUGUAGCACAGAAUCCAAUGUUCCUAUUGUUGUUCUCAACAUCAGUGAAAAUGUUUCUUCCUAA